UCGAGUGCCUGACGCGCUAUUCAUAACCAGUGAGACAGCGGCCACGUCACACUCCGCCCGCCUAUAAAAGCAUAAGUGUUUUCAGUGCCAUCAGUAUACGAACAGAUACCUUCACAGCGUCUUCUCCACUCUCAAGAUAAUAUCGCCAGAGUUGUCCAGUAUUCGAUAUAAAGGCUUCACACGACGGAUCUUUCACCAAGUGGUUUCUAAUAGUACAGUUUCUAGCAUUCGAAAUGGCUCCCGUUCAGAACGAACAGGCGGGCGAGGUGAAGGCACCUUCGUCUGAGGUCAAGUGCUGCCGCUGCGGAGGGUCGAAGAGCUCCUGGGACAUGUGCCUUCCUAUCACUCACAGGGGAAGCUUCUUCCAGGACUCCUUCUUCUCCAACAUUCACCAGCACUUCCAGGCUGCCGUCAGGGAGGUCCUGGACCAGUGGAAGGGCUCUGACCUCAGACUCACAGAUCGCAUGGAUGACACCAACGUCCGUCACGGUGAUGCCCUUGGCCGCUACAGAAGGCUUCGAUCCAUCGACCUGAAGGAGGAGAACCAGGCUGUCACUGUCACGUCGGAUAACACAAGUCAUAAGGUGGUGCUGGACGUGCAUGAGUUCCUGGGAGGAGACGUGAGAGUGAAGAGUGUUGGCGAGAGGGAGCUGGCGGUGGAGGGACGUGUGGACAGAAAGGAGGAAGGAAGUCCUUGCGUGACUUCGCACACCUUCAGACGCCGAUUCAUCUUGCCGCAUCGCACCGACAUGACGGCCAUCACCUCUGUCAUGUCAUCAGAUGGUGUCCUCACAAUUACAGUGCCCAAACUGGAAAAUGAAGAUCAUCAGAAGACCACUAUCAUCCCCAUCAAGAUCGAAGAGUCACAGAGGAAUUCACAGACAAAUACUUCCGUGACAUCAGAGCCUCAAGCCACAAACAAACAGGAAUUCAAAUGCGAGCAAUGCAGUCGGGAAGUCGUCUGCAACAAGGAGAGUGCUUCGAAUAAGGCAGUUAGCGCGUUCUCCGACUCUGAGAAAAGAUCCACGGCACUAGAUUCCUUCGCCGGACACAACUUCCUCCCGAUCGUGCGCAGAGGACUCUUCUUCGACGAUUCCUUCUUCCAGGAAAGCUGGAAGGAUUUCCAAAGGGCGGUGAAGGAAGUGCUGAACAAGUGGGGGGAACAGUCCUCCAUUGGCGACGACCUAACACGUUACAGAAGUCUCCGAAGUCGUGACUUGAGAGAAGAAAACCAGGCUGUCACUUCCUCGGAGGAUGAAUGUCAACACAAGUUCGUCCUUGACGUGAAAGACUUCAGUGACGGCGGAGAGAUCAGCGUGAAGGCAGUGAACGACAGAGAGUUGGUGGUCGAAGGCCGCAAAGAGAAGCAGGGAGAUGGAUCAAGGUGUUCUCAGCGGUUCCUCCGGCGCUUCGUCGUUCCUGGAGACCUCCAACUGGAUGCCGUCAACUCAGUCGUGUCUUCUGACGGUGUGCUCACUAUCUCUGCUCCUAAGAAGCCAUCGAGGCUCCAAAUCCGGGAAGUAGCUGUUCCCAUUCAAAAUGAAGGGCAGAAAACUGAUGCUUCUGGCACUGCCAUGAAGAAUGCAGAUAUCAAGUCCAGCAAUGCUUCAGCUGCCACUAUUCCUAAAUCUCAAAAUGAAUCUCACAUCUCCAGUGGAGUGUCUACUCCGUCCAAAGUAUCUCCACAAACCAACUCAACUCGCGGCUCUCAAGAACUUUCAUCCUCAAACCAGAAGGGAGAUUCUCAACAGAACACCACCGUAAUUCCCGUUAGAGUUCAGGAAACAGGAGGGCUCUCAGAGAAGCCGACCUCCUCCUGUCCCAAGACCUCGACAGGUGUUGGCGACGAAGACGCCUCCGCCAGAUCGACCUCCUUCGCCGCGAGAGGCGACGCUGACGAGGGCGAUCAACAAGAUGAGGACCUCUAUAAGCUGAAGGGAAAUGGAGCCAAGUUCCCCAUCAAGAUUAAUGGAUCUGUGAUAAAUAGUAAUUCAGUGUAAUCUGAAACAUUCCAAAUUUGUAUAGUCUUUGGAACUAGAAA